AUGGCUCGCCACGGAGAUACUCGCUCACCAUCACCUGUAGGCAGCACACUUUCUUCAUCCCGACGACCUCGCAGAGAGGAUGAUCGCUAUGACAGAACCAGGCGGGAUGAUGGGCGCAGUUACCGCAGAUCCCGCAGCCCAGAGAGACGAUACCGCGGGCGCGACCGCCCUCGCGAUAGAGAUGCAUUUCGACGACCAGAUCUUCCCGUAGACCGGCGCAACGAAGAUACUUAUCGGCCACCUCGAAGAGACCGAUCUCGAGAACGGCGACGAGGCGACGACCAUGAUCUCCACCGCAGAACUCGUGAUAGGGAUUACCGUUCUAGGCGAGAUGACUCCCGGGAUCGGGACCGCAGACGGAUAGAUGAUCCUGCUGACUUGAAGCCCAAGUCUAGACGGGAUGACAGUCGUGAUCGUGCUUUGAGCCGACGAUCUAGAUCCCAAACUCGAGAGCAAUCUAAGCCGUCCACACCGGUCCCCACUGCCCAGAUCGACGAGGAGAAGAAAGCAGAGAGACUUGCCAAACUCGAAGCAUGGAAACAGAAACAAGCCGCCGAACGCGAAAAGAAACAACGCGAACAGGCAUCAGUUGAUCCCAAGAAGAUCCUCGAGGCGAUUGACCGGAAAUCGGUUGUAUCUCCAGGUCCUGCCGCAUUUCCUGGAAAGUUGAAGUUCGAUCCAAAGGCCAUUGCUAAAUCAUCGAACACGACAACCGCUCCCCCCGCUGUGCUUGGUAUCGAUGUUGCCGUCCUGCCAUCUGCCAAAGCUUCGUCUGUGACAAAGUCCAAUAUACCUAGUGCUGUGCCCGACACGCUCUCUGAACCCUUGAAAGCCAAGGGUAAUGUCAGCGGGUUUGGCCUGGGUGCAAGACAAGUUCUCGAAGCAGAGAAACCCUCCGCUUCUAACACUCUGGGCUUUGGGGAUGGAGACGAGGGAUCCACACGCAAGAAACUCGAAAAAUUGCCGACCACGACUCUCGAUGUGACGGCUGGGCAAGAUGAUGUAGACAUGCAAUCUGAAGGAACCGACGCAGCAGCUGAAACAAGUGCCGCAAGUGAACACCGCGAUACACGACUCCACAAGCAAACCGACGAUGUCCAUAUGGAGGACUCGACGAAUACGCAGGCUGAUUCCACUCCUAUGGAGGUUGACGAUGCUCCAGAAAUCGAUCCUCUGGAUGCAUUCAUGGCUGAUCUCCAAGGCUCGGUGCCGCCUGAACGGACAACUGGGGCCACGUUUUCCAAGAACGCGCACCAUCAACCCGAGGCUAUGUUUAACGAUGACGAGGACGUGGAUGUGACCGCAGUUGGUGAUGAGAAGGCUGAAGAUGUCCUCGAGAUGGCACAAGCGAAGAAAAAGAAGCGGGAGAGGCCUGAGAUCGACCACACCAAGAUCGACUAUGAGCCGUUCCGCAAGGAAUUUUACACUGAACCCUCCAACCUUGCCGAUAUGACCGAGGAGGAUGUAGCAAACUUGCGGCUUGAACUGGACGGCAUUAAGGUCCGUGGUUCCGGCGUCCCUAAACCUGUUCAAAAAUGGUCGCAAUGCGGUUUGGGUGUUCAGACGUUAGAUGUUGUUCACAAGCUUGGGUGGGAAACCCUCACAUCCAUCCAAGCGCAAGCAAUCCCCACGAUCAUGUCCGGUCGCGAUGUCAUCGGCGUGGCAAAAACUGGCUCAGGAAAGACCGGCGCUUUCCUGGUUCCGAUGUUCAGACAUAUCAAAGACCAACGACCCUUGUCUAGUACAGAUGGCCCCAUCAGUAUGAUCCUGGCGCCUACCCGCGAACUGGCCACCCAAAUCCAUAAAGACUGUAAGCCUUUCUUGAAGGCCCUGGGUCUUCGUGCUGUCUGCGCGUAUGGUGGAGCCCCGAUCAAAGAUCAAAUUGCCGAGCUGAAACGGGGCGCGGAAAUCAUUGUAUGCACUGCUGGUCGUCUCAUCGAUCUUCUGGCCGCAAAUCAAGGACGGGUUCUCAAUCUACGCCGUGUCACGUAUGUCGUCUUGGAUGAGGGGGACCGCAUGUUCGAUAUGGGCUUUGGACCACAAGUUGUGAAGAUCAUGUCGAACAUCCGACCAGACAGGCAAACUGUCCUUUUUUCGGCGACGUUCCCUAAGAGUAUGGAAGCAUUAGCCCGCAAGACUUUGAACGAGCCAGUCGAGAUCACAGUGGGUGGCAGGAGUGUUGUUGCUCCAGAAAUCACGCAAAUUGUCGAGGUCCGUAAUAAAGACCAGAAGUUCGUCCGCCUGCUCGAGCUCCUGGGAAAUCUGUACGAACACGACGCGAAUGAAGACUUCCGCACGUUGAUUUUCGUCGACCGUCAAGAGGCUGCAGAUGACUUGCUCAAGCAAUUGAUGUACAAGGGUUAUCCAUGCAUGUCGAUUCACGGCGGAAAGGACCAGAUUGAUCGUGACAGCACGAUUCAAGAAUUCAAGGCUGGCGUUUUCCCUAUCCUAGUCGCCACAUCAGUUGCUGCUCGUGGGUUAGAUGUCAAGCAGCUCAAGCUAGUCGUCAACUAUGACGCACCUAAUCACCUGGAGGAUUAUGUCCACCGUGCCGGCCGCACUGGACGGGCUGGCAACACCGGAACCGCUGUCACGUUCGUCACCGAAGACCAGGAUCGGUAUGCGUUGGAUAUCUCAAAGGCUCUCAAACAAAGUGGACAGCCAGUCCCCGAGCCUCUCCAAAAGCUGGUUGAUGGGUUCAAUGAGAAGGUGAAGUCUGGCAAGGAGAAGAAUUUCUCACGCCAUGGGUUCGGUGGUAAAGGUCUGGACCGUCUCAAUAUGGAACGCGAAACUGCGCGACAGCGUGAGCGGAAAGCAUACAAAACCGGUGAUGAUGACGAUGAAGAUGACAAACUUGAGACCCAGCAGGAGUCAGAUGAUCGAUUGAACAAGGCUAUUUCAGCUGUCCGAUCCAGUGCUGACCCGGCUGUUGCACCGGCUGCAGCUUCUAUGUCGAGUGUGCCGAAAGGCAUUGAUCUUGAUGGGAAGAUUGUUGUGCAUCGUACGGAGAGAGCACCGGCGACUGGUUCAAAGAACCCGCUGGAUAAGGUGGGGUCUGCUGUUGCAGAUAUUCAUGCGCGUUUGAGCCGCGCGGGUGUGAUGAGAUCAGGCGUGCCUAUUGAUAACCGUGGACCUGACGCCGGAGCCUUCCAUGCGACGCUGGAAAUCAAUGAUUUCCCCCAAAAAGCACGUUGGGCCGUCACGAACCGCACAAACGUGGCAAAGAUCCUGGAGACAUCCGGAACCUCUAUCACCACCAAGGGCAAUUUCUAUCCUGCCGGGAAGGAACCUGCCCCCGGGGAGCUUCCCAAGCUGUAUAUCCUGGUCGAGGGUGAGACGGAGAUUUCAGUCACCACCGCCAUACACGAGCUUCGACGCCUGCUCAAGGAGGCGACACUGGCAGCUUCGGAGGGUGAGGCGCGGGCUCCGGUGGGUGGCCGCUACACUGUUCUUUAG